GCAGUCCCUUCGAAAAUGUCUUCGUUGGUAAAUGUUUUGCUGCGAAAAAGUGCAAAUUUAGGCAAUUCAAGAGCCUUAUUAGGGAAUAUACCGGUAGUUAAUAAUGUGAACUCUCAGCGAAAAGCUCACAGAUGGAUGCCCGACCAAGAUUUCGUAAAGCAAUUCGAAGGGGCUGUCAUGUACCCUGAAGGAAUCACUGCCCUCAUGAAACACCCACCUUAUAACAGCAUUGUGACACCGUCAGAGAAGCAGGUCCGUAACAUGAUACUCAACUUUGGACCUCAGCAUCCCGCUGCUCACGGUGUGCUCCGACUUGUAAUGGAGCUUGACGGUGAGACGGUACGCAGUGCUGAUCCGCACAUUGGUCUCCUCCACCGUGGCACUGAAAAGUUGAUCGAAUACAAGACAUACACCCAAGCUUUGCCGUACUUCGACCGUCUUGAUUAUGUAUCUAUGAUGUGCAACGAACAGUGCUACAGUUUAGCGAUUGAGAAGCUACUGAAUAUUGACAUACCAUUAAGAGCCAAGUAUAUUAGAACCUUGUUCGCUGAAAUCACCCGUAUCCUCAAUCACAUAAUGGCGGUGGGCACUCACGCAUUGGACGUCGGAGCUUUGACCCCAUUUUUCUGGCUGUUCGAGGAGCGUGAGAAAAUGAUGGAGUUCUACGAGAGGGUCAGCGGUGCGAGAAUGCACGCAGCCUAUAUUCGCCCCGGAGGUGUUUCUCUGGAUAUGCCGAUGGGUCUGAUGGACGACAUCUAUGAGUUCGCAAGCAAGUUCGCCGAGCGACUCGACGAGGUGGAGGACGUGCUGACCAGCAACCGCAUCUGGGUGCAGCGCACCAAGGACGUGGGCGUGGUCACCGCGCAGGACGCGCUCAACUACGGGUUCAGCGGCGUGAUGCUCCGCGGGUCGGGCAUCAAAUGGGACCUGCGCAAGAGUCAGCCCUACGACGCCUACCACUUGGUCGACUUCGAGGUGCCCAUCGGUACUCACGGCGACUGCUACGACAGAUACUUAAUCCGUGUGGAAGAGAUGCGUCAGAGUCUCCGUAUCAUCGAGCAGUGCCUCAACCAGAUGCCGGCCGGGGAGGUGAAGACGGACGACGCCAAGCUGACGCCGCCGUCCCGAGAUGAAAUGAAGACAUCGAUGGAGGCGCUGAUCCACCACUUCAAGCUGUUCACUCAGGGUUACGCCGUGCCCCCCGGAACCACCUACACAGCCGUGGAGGCUCCUAAGGGAGAAUUCGGCGUCUACCUCGUUUCCGACGGCAGCUCCAAACCUUACCGAUGCAAGAUAAAGGCGCCAGGCUUCGCUCACCUCGCAGCGUUGGAAAAGGUCGGGAAGAAUUCCAUGUUGGCGGACAUCGUCGCCAUCAUCGGCACCCUGGACGUGGUGUUCGGCGAGAUCGACCGAUAGACACCGGAUCAUAUCUUGUCUCCGUAUCUUGUUCACAGUUUAAAAGAUGGAUGACUUUUGAUAAAUUAUAAUAAAACCAUUGCAUUUGCUAGCAGCCUCGCAGAUCUCAGUAAAGUUAAUUCCACGAAACGAGCUAAAAAAAAUUUGCACAUGUGCGCUCAUUGGCUAACGCUCGUGACCUUCAUUGACUAAAUAAUUUCCUGUGUCACGUGCCGGCUUCGCGUGUCUCCAGCCGCACGUAACGGCCAUAAUAUGCAAGUAUUUUGUCACCUAGGAGUUCGCAUCGUGGAAUGGACUAUAGGAAAAUUUAAGAUGAAAAUGUUAAUUGAGUUUCUAAAAGCUUCGGUGUUUUGUCUGUAAGUUAUAAAUGACAUUUUGAAGAUUAUGAAAUAGGUUUUAUUAAAAUGCAUUUAACGUUCGUCCGCUGUGUGGACUCGUUCCUGUCGGCUGUCAGACUCAACACGUGUCCACAGAUAACAUAACAAUGUAACUGCGCCUUUAAAAUAUAUUGUUUUAUUUAUUUAGAACAAAAAUAUAAAAUUUAAAGCUUGUGAAGCUGCUAGGGCAACAUUUUAUAUAAUAGUAUUAUAAACUAUCUCCAAAACUCAACGUAUAUAUUGUGUAUAAGUUUUAUGUAUAUUGAUUUAGUAUUUUUUUCAGUAAAAUUUUCGUUCAACGUAAAAUCAUAACAUUUAUUCAAUGUUAACAUAACGUUAUCGUUUUUAAUUAUAUUAUCUCUUACGUUGUUGUCAGUAACCCAUUCACGCAGCGGCGGUUUUAAAACGAGUACGGAGAUAAGCUUUUUAAAUAUAUUGUAGAUGAAAUAAAAUGUACAUUAUAAGUAAAACAAAUAAAUUAUUUGUAUAU